AUGCCCAAGAGCCGAGUAGACAAAAGCCGCAUUCUUGCGCAGUUCCGGGGCGCCAAAGCGCGAAGGUCACCGGAGACGAAGCCACGAUUCAAGCAGAAGAUCGACGAGCAACUCAGUGAGGCACCAGGCACGGGGCGGCAGGGACCGAUAGGCGAGCUUAUCUCAACGCGUUCUGCCAUGCUGAAGAUCUCUGGUCCGCCGCCCGACGCAAUUGCGGUUGCUGCGCCGCAAAACAGGGCCAGAUGGAACAGCCACGUCGACGUGUGUGGUUCUGAUUUCUAUAUUGCUCUUGACGCUGGCGCCGCCCGCGACUAUUGCUACUGCUACGGCCCGGGUAUCUUUAUUUAUUGCAAGCAAUUUCUAAGCUGA